UGAGUGGUGGGCAGGCUUCUCCAACGUGUGAGAGAGGAGAGAGAAAACCAUAGUGCUGUGUGCUGUGAUUUGACUAAACAAACAGCCGGACUCGGUGUGGUACCUCCUCCAUCGGACUCCUGGGACAGCGGAGAUUAACCUCAGGCUCUGAACAUCUGAGGGAUCUAUACAUUUCAAACAGCCGCCCUUGUAGAGACAACCAGCUGGAAAUCUCUCCUCCGGUUUCCUGCUGCCGGCCGGCAACUUUUCUUAGAGGGAAGACUCAUUUAUGUUUCUGGGAUCAGCGUGAAGAACCGAGUGGUUUGAAGGCUUCCACCAUGAGGAUGGUGACGGCAUUCACGCUUCACCUGACAGUUACAUUUACAGCUCUCCUGUAUUUCUGCACUGACGUGUGCUGCCUGGAGAUCACGCCUGACGACAAGGAGAUCGUCCUGGCUGAGGGCUCCACUCUCACCCUCACCUGCUCCGGCUCCACCGAGCCCAACUGGACGUUCAAGAAAGAAGACGUGCCUUUCUUUCAGGCACAACCAGUCCAAAAUGGUCAGCCGAGCCACCAGAUUGUGCAAAGUGGCGCCACGUCCAGCAAUCUGACGUUGUUUAAUGUGAGCUGGAAGCACACGGGCGUGUAUCAGUGCAAUGAUCAAUACACUGGGGAAACGAAGGAGGUGGCUGUGUUUGUCCCAGAUCCGAAUGUGUGGUUCAUAGAGAGAUUCCAUGGCAUGGUGACAAAGACCAAUGAGGAAAGCACCAUCCCCUGCGUGGUCACCAACCCGAGCAUUAAUGUCACCCUGUUUGAGAAGGACACCGACGUGCCAAUCAAGGGGGUGUAUGACCCCAGUGAGGGCUACAGGGCAUCGCUGGAGGAUAGGAAUUAUAUGUGUCGCGGAGAGCUGAACGGGAAGGUGCAGGAGUCUCAGUCCUUCUACGUCUUCAGUAUUGCUGUCCCGGAGGCCAUCGACGCCUACAUCAACGCUUCAAAGACCGUCCUGAAGCAGGGCGAACCGCUGACAGUAAACUGCACAGUGCACGGACUGGAGCUGGCCUUUUUCACUUGGGAAACGCCCAACAGAGAGCUCAUUGACGUUGAUCCGCUGACAGACAUCCUUUCCACCACGAACAUGCGCUCCUACCUGAUCUUCCCUCAUACCACCAUGGCCCACAGUGGAACCUACAUCUGCAACAUCUUUGAGGGUAUCCAAGGCCACUCGACCUCAGCCAGCGUCACCAUCAAUGUGCUCGAGCAAGGUUUUGUGGCCCUGAAGCCUGCCCAGCAACAAAACAUUUCCACCAUGCUGCAAGAGAACGUGGUGCUAAGGGUGGAGAUCGAGGCCUACCCUCCACCCCAGAUUCAAUGGACCAAAGAUGGCGCCAUCAUCAAGGGAGACAAAAUCAUCACAUUCAGACAAGAGCAUGAAAUCAGGUAUGUCACUAUUCUCACCUUGGUGAGGGUGAGGACGGACCAGAAGGGCCUCUACACUGUCCGUGUCACCAACGGAGAUGACGCCAAGCAAGUGACCUUUGACCUGGAGGUCCGAGUUCCCUCUCAGAUUAAAGACCUGACCGACCACCACCUCCCAGGGAACAGACACUUGGUGACCUGCGUAGCUGAGGGGGUCCCAACCCCAACCAUAGAGUGGUACAGCUGUGACAGCAUGCUCAAGGGCAGCAACCAGACCGAGGUGUGGCAGCCGCUGACACCUGAGCCGGAGGUUCUGAGCAUCCAGCACAAUGUGACCUACAGCGCGGCGCGUAAAACCAGCCAGGUCCGCAGCCAGGUGACUUUCCACAAGCCUCAGCAGGUCACAGUCCGCUGCGAGACCAGCAACCAAGUGGGCCUCGUGGACAGGAGAGACGUCAAACUGGUGGUGUCCAGCACCCAAUACUCUCAGGUGACCGUGAUAAUGGCUGUUAUUCUAGCCUUAGCGGUGAUCGCUAUCCUGUCUACCAUCAUCCUGAUUGCUGUGUGGAAAAAGAAGCCUCGCUACGAGAUCAGGUGGAAGGUGAUAGAAUCUGUGAGCCAGGACGGACACGAGUACAUCUAUGUGGACCCCAUCCACCUGCCCUAUGACCUGGCCUGGGAAAUGCCCCGGGACCACCUGGUGCUGGGUCGCACUCUUGGAUCGGGAGCGUUUGGCAGGGUGGUCGAGGCAACUGCUUACGGUCUCACGCAUUCCCAGUCCAGCACAAAAGUGGCAGUGAAAAUGCUCAAAUCUACAGCCAGGCGGAGUGAGACCCAGGCACUCAUGUCAGAACUGAAGAUCAUGAGCCACCUCGGUCCUCACCUCAACAUUGUCAACUUACUCGGAGCUUGCACCAAACACGGCCCUCUCUACCUGGUAACUGAGUACUGUCGCUACGGCGACCUGGUGGACUACCUGCACAGGAACAAGCACACGUUCCUGCAGUACUACGCUGAGAAGACCCCGGAUGACGGAUGCCUCAUCUCAAGAGGAAGCACCCCUCUCAGUCAGAGGAAAGGCUAUGUGUCUUUUGGAAGUGAGAGUGAUGGGGGGUACAUGGACAUGAGCAAAGAUGAGCCCUCGGUCUACGUGCCCAUGCAGGAGCACAUAGACACCAUCAAGUAUGCCGACAUCCAGCCUUCUCCGUACGAGUCUCCCUACCAGCAGGACCUCUACCAGGAACAAGGUGGCAGCCGACUGGACCUGGUGAUCAGCGACACCCCCAGUCUCACCUACAACGACCUUCUGGGGUUCAGCUACCAGGUGGCGAAGGGGAUGGAGUUCCUCGCGUCUAAGAAUUGCGUCCACCGCGACUUGGCUGCCAGGAACGUGUUGAUCUGCGAGGGCAAGCUGGUGAAGAUCUGCGACUUCGGCCUGGCCAGAGACAUCAUGCACGAUUCAAACUACAUUUCCAAAGGCAGCACCUUCCUGCCCCUGAAGUGGAUGGCACCAGAGAGUAUCUUUCAUAAUUUGUACACGACCCUGAGUGAUGUGUGGUCAUACGGCAUUCUCCUUUGGGAGAUUUUCACACUGGGAGGAACCCCUUACCCGGAUCUGCCCAUGAAUGAGUUAUUCUACAGUGCUUUGAAGAGAGGCUACCGAAUGGCCAAACCCGCUCACGCCUCCGAUGAAGUUUAUGACAUCAUGAAGAAGUGCUGGGAUGAAAAGUUUGAGAAGAGGCCUGAGUUCUCCUCUCUGGUCCACAGAGUUGGGAAUAUGUUGAUGGACAGCUAUAAAAAGAGAUACAGUCAAGUCAACGACAACUUCCUGAAGAGCGACCACCCGGCAGUGGCCCGCACCAAACCCCGGCUCUCCUCACCCUUUCCAAUCGCCAACCCGGCAUUUGGCUCCCCGACUCCCACCACCACCUCCUCCUCCUCUCCCCUGGGGCCCUACAACCAGAACCCGAGGCCCGGAGACUUCAGGCAAGAGGCGGACCCGCUGGAAGUCGUAACUUCAUACAAUGAGUACAUCAUUCCCAUCCCAGACCCGAAGCCAGAGGAGACUUUCACUGACGAGCCGUCAGAAAGCCCUGUGAGCUCUCUGGCUCUGGAGGAGGAGACCGACUCGAUGUCUCAGGACACUGCCGACACUCUUCCAGAGGAGGACAGGCUGGAGGAGACCAGCGAGAAAGACGCUCUGCUAGGCUCCUCUGGGACGCCCGAGGUAGAAGACAGCUUCCUGUAGCCACUCAUAGGAACCCCCGAGAAAACAGAGGCCCUCUCUGGGGAUUUCUUUUUUUUUUUAAACAUGUCUGAAAAAGGGAACGUGUUUAAACUAAAAUGUAGCAAAACUGAGACCGAGACAGCAAUCUCUGUAUUUCCACUAAGCACUCAAUAAAUUGUGCCUUUUUUUUUUCUAUAAACUAAUAAUGAACACAAUGCCAUCUUUUAUAGCCUGCCAUAACAUAAAUACGGUACUCUGAUCACACUCCUAGGCGGUUUCAGUAGGUAGAGACGUGUUUACUGUAUUGUCCUUCUUAGCUGGAGACCUGCAUCAUGAGGCCUUAAGAGACACGUGCAUUAUUAUGUAUCUAUCCAUAUGUAUGUUUGGCUGUCGUCACUGAAAUCCCAACUCUUUGAAAAACGGGUUUAUUUUUUAGUCAAAAGAAUAUAAAAUUAUUAACCAAAAGAAAGUAAAAAUUAAGGAAACUGUCCAUGCAGGAACAAUUUGUAUUUCAGUUUGUGCACGUGACAUUAAAUGGGAAUUUGAUAGCUGAAUUCAAUCUUAUUAACAGCCAUAUUCAUUAGAUUAGAUUUUCCCAAUACCCGAAAAGCAGAAAUUUUCCACGUGCACUGUUUUAAUGUGAGAUUUGAUUUCCUUUUAGUGUAAUUUGCCACAAUGUCAGUAUUUUUUUUAUAAUUUUUUUUUAGCAUUGUGACUUUUGAAUAGUUCUUUUAUGUAGGCUUAGUUCAUAGUUAUGUGCCAUAUUUGCACUUUAUUUUGAAAAAAAUGAGGAUAUAUAUAUAUACAUACAUAAACUUACACUAUGUGAAAGACAGAAGGGUACAACUGAGGAUCGUUAGAUUUGACUUAAAUGUGGGGUUUUCUUGCGGUGACUCUAUUUUCUAGUUCUCUGUGAAAGUCUAAUCAGUAAUCCAGUCUAGUGAAAAUAUUAUGAACAGCGUAUCACUGCCUUAGCACAAGAUGGCACACAUGAGUGCCUCUGUAGACGGAUUUGUGUCUUGCAGCUAUUGUUACUUGCCUACAUGAGGGGUUUCCUGUACUCGAGGCUUCUGGACAGCCGUACGUGCUCAUGUAAAAAGGACGCUUUUAGCCUUGUGUCGCGUUCCGUAACAUUUCACUUAACACUUACUUUGUUUCAGCGUUCGACACAUAGCCCACCGUAUAAUACAGCACACUUUUGUUUUGUGUAGCCGUCAGUAAAAUGCACAAGAUCACUGUAUCACACGCGCUAUGGUACCAAAGCUCUUUACACGUUUAACGUUUACAAAUGUAUUUUUUUAUAUGUGGCAUUUUAUAUGUUGUAAAUGUGACAAUAAAUGUGUAUUAUCGUAGUA